UAGGCUACUAUGUGAAAUCUGGCUUUACCAAACACGCGCAACGAAACUUAAAAAGUAAUUUAUUUGUGUAUUGCCAGCAACAGUUGUUUAUAGUUUAAGUUGAAAUCAAUGUCACGAGUUCUUAUAGUUGGUGCAGGGUUGACAUGCAGUUUAUGCGCUUGUCUUCUGCGAAGAGAAAUGCCAAACAAAGUUAUUGUUGUCUGGGACAAAUCGCGAGGAGCAGUUUCUAUGAAGAGCUGCUGGCCCAUGGUGUUCUGAAGCCACUGUUGUCCUCAGUGGAAGGCGAGGUGAGGGAUGGAGGCCAUAAAAACUAUGUCACUCCAUCGUCAACCUUUUCCUCAAGCAGCCAGGAUCCUGCGUGGCAGCCUGACUACCUGUUACGCGAGGGCAGCAGGACACCAAGAGGUGUUAUAUAACCACCAAGUCACCCACAUCUACCAGAAUGGCGCGAGCUGGGAGGUGUGUCGGAAGGGCACGGCCACGGAGCAGUUUGACGCUGUGGUCCUCACCGUGGCCAUACCGCAGAUCCUACAGCUGCAAGGAGACGUGGGCUCCUUGCUAGAGGAGAUUCCGCGGCAGCAGCUUGGGGCGGUAAGCUACUCGUCGCGCUAUGCGCUGGGCCACUUCUACAAGGCCCAGGCUCACUUCGACGUCCCCUGGGCCGCCAAGUACGUCUCCAAUAAUCCCUGCAUUCCCUUCAUCGACGAUCAAAAGCGCAAUUUAGAAUUCCCAGAGUGCGGUCCCUCCAUGGUGGUCCACAUCAGUGUUCCAUUUGGUGUCAAACACCUGGAGGAGGCCAAGGAGCAGGUGGAGCCUAUCAUCCUGGUGAAGCUGAACAAGCUGCUGCCUGGCUUGCCACAGCCCGACAGCAUCAAGUGCAAGAAGUGGAGAUACUCACAGAGAUCUAAGAAGAUGGUGUUGAAGGAGAUUCCAACUGAAAGUGUUGCCCGGCCCUUGGGCCGGAAUGAAGUUAUUGGUUUACUCUUCCGACUGACUAUAUUUGGUGCAGUCACCUACUUCACCAUAAAGUGGAUGGUUGACGCCAUUGAUCCCACAAGGAAACAGAAAAUGGAAGCACAGAAACAGGCAGAGAAACUCAUGAAGCAGAUUGGUGUGCAGAAUGUCAAGCUCUCAGAGUAUGAGAUGAGCAUCGCAGCACAUCUGGUGGACCCACUGACCAUGCAGAUCACAUGGAGUGAUAUUGCUGGCCUAGAUGAGGUCAUCACUGAGCUGAAAGACACUGUCAUACUUCCCAUCCAGAAGAGACACUUGUUUGAGGGAUCCAGACUGCUUCAGCCACCAAAAGGUGUGCUGCUGUAUGGACCACCUGGCUGUGGAAAGACGCUGAUUGCCAAAGCAACUGCUAAGGAAGCUGGCUUCCGCUUCAUCAACCUGCAGCCUUCCACCCUUACAGACAAGUGGUAUGGAGAGUCCCAGAAACUGGCUGCUGCAGUCUUCUCUUUAGCCAUUAAGCUCCAGCCUUCAAUCAUCUUCAUCGAUGAAAUUGAUUCUUUCCUGAGAAGCCGUUCCAGCUCUGACCACGAGGCCACAGCCAUGAUGAAGGCUCAGUUCAUGAGCUUGUGGGAUGGCCUGGAAACUGAUUACAACUGCCAGGUCAUCAUUAUGGGGGCCACUAACCGUCCACAGGAUCUCGACUCUGCCAUUCUGAGGAGAAUGCCCACAAGAUUUCACAUUAAUCAGCCUAAUGUCAGGCAGAGGGAAGAAAUCUUGAAACUCAUAUUGGACAAUGAAAAUGUUGAACCCACUGUUGACUUUGUUGAGAUAGCGAAGGAGACUGAUGGAUUCUCAGGGAGUGACCUCCGAGAGUUGUGUAGGGACGCUGCUCUGCUCUGCGUGCGGGACUUUGUCCAUAACACCCAUGCCAAUGACAGUCUAGAAGAGGACUGCAUCCGGUCCAUCCAGCAGCAAGACAUGCAGAGGGCCAUCCAGAAGAUGAGGAAGUCCAAGUCUGCAGGGGGACAGAGCGUACUGAUGCAUGCUGCUAUGGAUUGAGACUCGAUGUGCAAAAGAGAACUAUUAAGCCUCUGGAUAUGUUUUCCUUAUGUAUAAAGAGUAUUGAUUGAAACCAUGAAGAGAUGCACACAAUGUAAUGUCUAUCAUAGUAUCAUUUUUACUUCAACAAUUAAUUUAGAACAUUUGGUUCAUUGCAUUGAUAUUAAAUAUUUUGGUCAAAAUGCAAUUUAUUAUCUUGGGAGUUACAUGAUACUUGUGUUGGUGUUAGUUUCUUAUCCAUAUCUGCUCAACCGAGGUCUCACCGACGCAUGCUCUCAGACUGCAAAAUAUGAGCACAGCUUUGGAUCCGUUCAGGUUUGACAAUACACAUGCUCGUCCUUAUUACACACACAGCAAUAUUGACUUAGCCUUGGGCCUUUCACCUUCCAUUUUUAUCUGAACAUGAAAUGUUUCUUUUGGUACUGUAUAUUUAGAAUUAUUAUUCUUUUUUCAGGAAAGCUGUUAAUCAAACUAGCUUGUGUAACAUCUGUAAUAAAAUGUGCUACUUUUAGUAGGCACUGUCAUCCUUUGACUAUUAGCUAAAUGUUAUACAAUGAGUGGUUCUCGGAUGUCUGAAUUAUAUGCGUUAGAUCAUACAUUUUAUCAUGCAUGAUAAAAGUUUCUAUAUCAGAAAGAGCAAUUCAACUUUUCACCGAAAGUGAAUUAUCGCUGUGGAUGUUGUGAAGAGAACACGAUGCAAUGAUGCUUGGGGUAAAGAUUAGUGUCAUGGCCUUCCAUUUCCUUCUUUUAAAUACAUAGGGGUAGGUUAGAGCUGUAAUAUCGUGAGCUGCUAAUGUUAAGGUAUUUAUUCAUUUAUUAUUCAAGUUUCAUUUUGUUUUUAAAACUUCAAUAGAUCAGGAAACCUGUGUGACGGGUUGUGUGUCUGUUGUGCUUUCAGGUCCUUUGUAUGUCCCCUUGUCAGUCCAGGUUUCAUUAACAGUAGAAUAUAGAAACUGCUUGUGAAUACUUCCUGUGCCGUUUGUCUCUUAUGCUGCAUUCAUGUGCUAGUCGGAACUAGGAAACUCGGAAAUGACAGACUUGCUAACUGGUUGUAGUUCUAUACGUGCCGCCUUCAACCAGUUAGCAAGUCGGAAAUGUCAACUAGUGUCUGACUAGUACGUGAACACAGCAUUAUAGUUUCUGUUUAUCUCUUAUGAUGACCAGGAUGCUUAAUUGUUGGGUGAUUGAUUAUUUAUUCAUGACGAACUUCUAGUAUCUCCCACAAGCAACAGCCAUUCGAACUUGUAAAUCUAUUGAAUGUGUGAUUGCCAAUUCAUAGUUUACUUGAAUGACAAGUUCUGUGGACAUAUAGUUUUGGGGAUUGGUGUUUAUUUUUUAAACUUUUUUUUCGAUAAAAUAUGCUUGCUUUUUUCUUUUAAAUAAUGGUAUUGUUGAUAAUCUCCUGAUUGUGACUAAUAUGUUAAUUGAAUAAUAUUUUUUCAGUUAACAAAUCGGCCAAUGUGCUUCGUUUGUAUUACCCUGCAUUCUGGUGUCUGCUAAAAUAUAUUACACAAAUACA